AAAGCUGGAAUUUCAUCCACCCACAGAGCCAACUACAGGCAGGCUCACUACAGUGGUCUGCAAGAACCGGAAGCAUAUGAAUUGUCAAAUAACCUAUUCAGCAUUUGAGAGAGUUUUGAGUUUCUACUGUUACAUCUGAACCAGCAAGUUUGAUCUUGAGGCAAUGGGGGAAGUAGAGCUGUCCUGUCGUGCGUAUGUGAAGAUGUAUCUUCACGCUUGUCUCUUUCCAAGGUGCAGCGUCAAUGGGCUGCUGUUAUCGUCGAGCCCGACAGGGGGCGCUGUGUGCGUGACUGACUGCGUACCUCUUCUUCACUCGCACUUGCCUCUAGCACCCAUCACUCAGCUGGCUCUCACACAGGUGGAUGUUUGGUGUUCACAAACCCAGCAGAGGAUAGUUGGAUACUACCAAGCCAAUGCCUGUGUGUCAGACAUCAGCCCUACACCAUGUGCUUUGAAGAUUGCAGACAAGAUAGCCGAGCAGUGCAACAAUGCAGUUUUAUUAAUGAUUGAUGGAGGGAAGAUGUCCCCAGACUACAGGGUUCCUCCCAUUGUAAUGUACGAGCGCAAAGACACACGUUGGACCCUGAAAGACAAACACACGAUAAUGUUGAGGCAGUGGGAGGAGACUCGGUCAAUCGCGAGCCAGCUGAUGGACUCUGGAGACCACGAGUUAUUGGUGGACUUUGACAGCCAUUUGGAUGACAUCACAAAGGACUGGACGAAUCAGAAACUCAACAAUAAGAUAGUAGAGCUGGCCUCGCCGGCGAAUGGCAACGUGUAAAAUCACGUUGAGAAGGCGCAUUGUUACUGGGACAUUUGGAAUAUUUGUGUGAUCAUGUAUACAUAUUACAUACACAACCACAUUUAUAAAGGUUCAGUGGGUUUUUAAUGCAGUUGAUAGACAGGUUAGUCACAGUUAUGACUCCAUAAAUAACACAUAUUUACAACUGUGUAGUACUGAUGCUUUCUUUCUGCUGGUUCAAGUCCACAGUGUGCCUUGUGUUGUGACCCUACUGCCAUUUCAACCCUCUUAACAAGAAGAAGCCCUAUCUGAGAAUCGAUUAUAGUGUGUUAGGAAGUUACAUUGAAAUUGAGAUGUAUUAAGUUCUGUCCUAUUUCUUUCAAAUCGUAAUAAAUGAUACCUAUAAACUUUA